UUAAAAAGGAGGGGAAACAAAGAAAAUGGUGACGAAGAUGUCAUGCUUAAUUUCUCCAAUUGCUUCAACAUAGUUCCCAAUAUCCGGAAUCCCAAAGCCCUAACCCCUGUCAAAUUCGCAUUCGGUCUCAAUUCCAGUCGGAAAACCCUAAUAAUCCCUAACCCCAGUCGAUUGCCUUUGUUCGCUGUAUCGGCGGCAAUGUCGUCGGCGCCGCCGUCUGCCCCCGUAAAACUGGUGGUGGAGUACGCAAAGUCUGGGCGCUCGUCGUGUAAGAUAUGCUCGAAAUCCAUCGCUUCGAGUUCGGUGAGGUUGGGUUCUGUGAGUAAAGAUCCCCGAGGAUUCGACAUGACCAAGUGGCAUCACUUGAAUUGCUUUCCUUUUCGUAAUUCUGAUCCGGUUUCCUCCCCUGAGUCUAUCAAAGGAUUCUCAUCUCUCAAGAGCAGUGAUCAGGAGUCCAUAAAGAAACUAUUAGAUGAAGGGGCUCAGGCAUCAGAGAAGGUCAGUGAAAUAGAGGAAAAUGAUGAUAAAGACCCAGAGCAAGGAAAUUUGAAGAAGCAAAAGCUUGCAUCUGAGGAAGGAGCCGAGCUUCAGCUGGAGAUGGUAAUAUCUGCUUCUGAUGUUAAGGAGAAGUAUAAGGAUGCUACGCUGUUGCCUAAAUGGAAGGCAUUUCAGACAAUCAUAUUUCUAGAAAGGGAUGAUUGUCUUCAUGAUUCAAGAAAAAUUGCAGCCUUUGAUUUUGAUGGUUGCCUUGCGAAGACAUCUGUGAAAAGAGUAGGUGCGGAUGCAUGGUCCCUCAUGUAUCCUUCCAUACCGGAGAAGCUCCAGUCUCUUUAUAAAGAAGGCUACAAGCUGGUUAUUUUCACCAAUGAAUCUAACAUUGAGCGCUGGAAGAAUAAGAGACAGGCUGCUGUAGAUUCAAAAAUUGGAAGGCUUGAAAAUUUCAUUAACCUUGUGAAGGUCCCGAUUCAGGUUUUCAUUGCCUGUGGAGUGAGUUCUGGUAAACCAGAGGACCCCUUUCGAAAGCCGAAACCUGGGAUGUGGAAGAUUAUGGAGAAGGAGUUCAAUUCUGGUCUCCCUGUCGACAUGGAUCAAUCCUUUUAUGUUGGCGAUGCAGCUGGAAGACCAAAUGAUCACAGUGACGCUGACAUAAAAUUUGCAGAGGCUGUUGGCCUCAAAUUUUACGUUCCUGAAGAGUACUUCAUCGACUCGAAUUAGCAUUUGGUUUCCGUCUAUAUGUCCUUCUUGAAGACCACGACUUUGAAUUCCUGUUCGUUGGCAUUAUAGCUUAACUGUUGUAAUGUGUACGUUUAAUUAUUAUAUCGGACUGUCUUUUGUGUUCGGCG